GGGUUUUACACGGUUUUUUGCGGCGCAAAAACGUGAAUAGCAGCCUCGAUUAGCAAGCGACGACGUCGCAUUGAUCUAAAUAUGAACGCAUUGGUGCCAGCGAUCGCGUUGGCAUACAGAAAACCGCGAUAAAUAAGCAUGCUGCGACCUCUGAUCGUUGUCUGUGCGGCGUCGGCGCUGCGCGCGGCGUCGGCGGCGCGAGACCACCGCGGCUCGAUGUGCAGCCGCUGCAAGGACGGCGCGCUCGUCGACGGCGGCACGCGGACGGUGCGGGGCGUCGGCUGCGUGCACUGGUGCUCGCACGCGGGCUACUGCGGCGACGGCGACAGCUACCGGCGGGGCCUGGACUGCCGGCACCGCGCCGACGUGGACCCCGAGACGCUCGCGCGCGCGACGAAGGAGGCGGAGGCGCAGCGGAGCGCGCGCUACGACGCGACCUUCGUCCGGCACCACGGCGCCAAGACCUUCGAGCAGUACAAGCGCGGCGCGGACCACGGCGAGCUGUACGGCGCGGCCAUCUCGAUCCGGGGCGAGCGGCACUGCGGCACGGGCUGGGUCCGCGUGAUGACGAACGAGAACUGCCGCGAGAGGCACUACUGGUCGCCGAAGCUCGACGCGGACGGGCUCUACGGCUGGAAGCACGACUUCUUGCCCGAGUCCUUCGCCGCCGCGUCGCGCGACGCCGUGGUGGUCGUCUUCCGGUGCGCGGCGCCGUGGGCCGUGAAGAUGCGCAAGACGGCGUACUCGGGGGCCAUCGACCGGCUCGGGCGCGGCGCGGGACUCCAGGCGUUCCUCUCGACGCGGUUCGUGGAACGCGGCGUGACCUACGCGCAUGUUUGUGCCCGCGCGGCCACUCAACUUUUUUCCGCCGGUUCUCCUCGGGUCUGCUCGACGGCGUCGAGGGGACCGAGUACGGCUCUCCGCGGGUCUGCUCGACGGCGUGGGGGGCGACAGGUUCCUCACCGGUCGGCGUCCGCGCAGGUGCUCGAGCUGCGGACGCGCAAGUACGCGCAGUACCUGCGCUUCGGGCGCAGCCACCGCAACGUGCUCGGCGCGCGCUACGAGGACCUGACGCAGGACCCCGAGUUCCUCUUCCGGCGGCUGAAGGCGCUGGGCUACGCCUGCAACGCCCGCGACGACUUCCAGCGCGUCAAGGCCUACGCCAAGUUCGGCGGCGCGGGCUCGGGCGCGCACUUCAAGCCGCCGGCGAACCACUCCUGGAGCGUCGCCGACUGGGCCACGCUCGUGGACCGCCUCGACUACGAAAACGUCGAGGAGGCGCUCGGCUACGCCUACGACCGCGCGUCGCCGGGCUCGUGGGCGCAGCACGCCGUCACGCCGGGGGCCGGGGCGCUGGGACCCGAGAGUGGGGACGACGCUCCGGCGCUCGAACUCGAGCCCUCUGCGCCCGGCGGCGACGAGCCGUCGGCGGCGUCCCCCUCGCCGCCGGCGGGCGGCCUCUUCCAGCACCUCCGCGGCGGGGACCGAUAGCACGACUUACAACACAUUAUUAUUUUGAUA